GUAAUAGUUGUUGUUAAAAAUGUUAAUUAUGUUAAUUGAAGUGAUGUACCGAAAAUAAUUUAAAAUUUCUAAAAUGAAGCCUAGUGAAGUAGAUGUGGUGAAGAUGAUUGAUGCUAAUAAAAUGCGGAAGGAGAAAAAACUGUCGGUAAGUUCUAUCAGUAGUAGUACACCACCAGACCUAAAGCCCCGUGUGGUAACUGUCAAACAACACGAUUCAAAAAAAUUGUACACGCCAUCUGCUAAGAAAGAAAAUACGAAGAAAAUUGUUCAAGAUGCGGCUAAGGAGAUCCAGAACUGUAAUGACAGUUCCGAAUGGCGCUUGGACUUGAGUAAAUCAGGUUUGACCAAAGUUCCAAUUACCAUUAGAGAUGCUACACAACUAACAGAAUUGUAUUUAUAUGGCAAUAAAUUGGUCACUUUACCAUCAGAGAUCGGAUGCUUGACCAGUUUACAGACACUAGCACUCAGUGAAAAUUCUCUAACUUGUUUACCUGAUUCACUGGCUAACCUUACUAGUCUUAAAGUCUUAGACCUAAGGCACAAUAAACUUACUGAAGUGCCUGAUGUUGUGUACAAGCUUGAUACUUUAACUACACUGUUUUUACGUUUUAAUCGUAUACGUACUGUGAGUGAUGACAUUAGUAAAUUAGUCAACCUAGUCAUGCUCAGCUUACGAGAAAAUAAGAUCAAAGAACUAUCAUCUGGAAUUGGUAAGUUAGAAAGAUUAAUUACAUUUGAUGUAUCACAUAAUCAUUUAGAACACUUGCCUGAAGAAAUAGGAAAUUGUGUACAGUUAUCUACAUUAGAUCUUCAGCACAAUGAACUCGUUGACAUUCCAGAUACCAUUGGUAAUCUUAUACUUCUAACACGUUUAGGAUUACGUUAUAAUAGAUUGAAGACUUUACCAAAUUCUUUAAGUAAUUGUAAUCGAAUGGAUGAAUUUAAUGUAGAAGGCAACAUGCUAAGUUGUUUGCCCGAUGGUCUACUUGUAAACUUAAAAGAAAUGAACAGUAUAACACUAGCUAGAAAUAGUUUUACAGCAUAUCCUACUGGAGGACCAGCACAAUUUAUUGCUGUUGACUCGAUUAAUUUUGAACAUAAUAAAAUUGAUAAAAUACCCUAUGGAAUAUUUUCCAAAGCUAAUUAUUUAACAAAACUAAAUAUGAAAGAUAAUGCAUUAACAUCACUGCCAUUAGAUGUUGGUUCUUGGACCAAUAUGGUUGAAUUAAAUGUAGGUACAAACUUUAUUACCAAAUUGCCUGAUGAUAUACAGUAUCUACAAUCAUUAGAGGUGUUGAUUCUAUCCAAUAAUGCAUUAAAAAGACUGCCAGCUACCAUAGGAAAUCUUCAAAAACUUAGAGUACUUGAUCUCGAAGAAAAUAAACUAGAAACAUUACCCCAGGAAAUUGGCUAUUUAAGAGAAUUGCAGAAGUUAAUAUUGCAAUCUAAUCAAUUGUUGUCUUUACCACGUGCCAUUGGCCAUCUUACUAAUUUGAUAUAUCUUAGUGUUGGUGAAAAUAAGCUAAGUACGUUACCAGAAGAAAUUGGAACGCUAGAAAAUUUGGAAGCACUUUACAUAAAUGACAACCAGAGUCUUCAUCACUUGCCAUUUGAACUUGCUUUAUGUUCCAAGUUGCAAUUGUUGGGAAUUGAAAACUGUCCAUUGAGUCAACUGGGUGAUGCAGUGAAGGGUGGCCCAUCUUUAGUAAUGACUUAUCUUAAGGUAAAUGGUCCAUACCGUACUCUAUGAGAUAAUUAAAACAUUUUAUGGUUAUUUUAAUUUGAUAUUUUCGUUAUAAUAUUGCAGUGAAUUUAAUAAAUGUUGUUAAUAUUUGUUAUUGUGUUUAAAAAGUUAAUUUAGCACAUAAAUAUUAAGCCAAAUGUUAAUGAAUCACUUUUAAUGUUAUGCGUUAUACCUUGAUUACCAUUAUUAAACCAAAUAGAAAAAUUUUGUUUUUUAUUUUUGGAAUUAUUGUGGUUGAAAUAAGCUUUAAACUAAUUAAUAUUUAUGUUGUUCAUAUAAAUUAUAUCAAACCUAUAAAAGUACUUAAAAUCAAAGUUGAUUAUUUAUUUAGUGAAAUUACAUCGAAAUGGAGUUUAUAAAUUGGUAUGUUAUAUAGAAUAACGCUUAAAAAGUAUACAGGGUAUAUGACGAAGAUCUGUAAAAUUUCAGUGUAAAAUAGUCAUAUCUUCGUAAUAUACUUUAUAUAAUGAUAAAAAUAUUGUACAUUUCAGCUGCAGAAAAUGUUAUUGAGUUUUAAGUAAAAGUAUAAUAUUGUUAGUAAUAUUAUUAUUAUUUGAAAUGGAAAAAGUGUU